AUGGCGGCGGCCGCUGCGGCGCAGUCGCUGGCGGAGCGUUUCGGCACCUACGAGGAGUACCUGGAGUCGCAGGUGACGGCGCAGGACCUGUAUUACCUGGAGAGCGAGGCGGUGGCACGGCAGCUGGUGGAGCUGGGCUUCCGUGGCUCUGGUGACGUGCUGCGGCGGGAGGACUUCGAGGCCCGUGUGGAGGAGGCUGCAGGGCUGCCGGCACCUGUCUCCAAAAAGUCUCUAGCAAGUGCAGGAAAAGAACUCAAGGAUAACUUUUUGCGGGCGCUGGCUGAAAGAGAGGAAGCCAAUCGUACUGGAAGAAUAUCUGAUCCUGGUACCAAAUAG